UUCUGCUGCUCCCAAAUCCCAGUCGAUCCCAGAGGAUGCCAUCGCCAUGGCUGCCGCAUGGAGAAUCACCGUCCUCCUCUUCUACGCGCUCACGUCCGAGUUACUGAAACGCUCGUUAUCCUCCACCGUCUCUCCAUCGCCAGCCGCCGCCGCCGAAGCCCAGGCGCUGCUGCGAUGGAAGUCUAGCCUGCUACCGCCCAACUCCACCAGCAGCAGCAGCAGCUCCCCACUGUCCUCGUGGUUACCAGGGGCCGCGGGCUCCGUGUGCACGUCAUGGGCCGGCGUCACGUGCGCCGACGGCGAGAACGGCCGCAUCACCGGUGUCGCGCUCCAGGGCGCCGGGCUCGCCGGCACGCUCGAGGCCCUGAACCUCGCCGUGUUCCCGGCGCUCACAGCGCUCAACCUCAGCGGCAACCGCCUGGCCGGCGCCAUCCCGACCACCAUCUCGAAACUGACGUCCCUCGUCUCGCUCGACCUGUCCAGCAACCGCCUCACCGGCGGCAUCCCGGCGGCGCUGGGGACGCUGCCGGCGUUGCGGGUCCUCGUUCUGCGCAACAACUCCCUCGGCGGUGCCAUCCCGGCGUCUCUCGGCCGGCUGCACGCGCUGGAGCGGCUGGACCUCAGGGCCACGCGGCUGGCCUCCAGGCUGCCGCCGGAGAUGGGGGGCAUGGCGAGCCUCAGGUUCUUUGAUCUCUCCGUCAACGAGCUCUCCGGUCAGCUGCCGUCGUCCUUCGCGGGGAUGAGGAAGAUGAGGGAGUUCUCCCUGUCAAGAAAUCAGCUCUCCGGUGCGAUCCCACCUGACAUUUUCAGCAGCUGGCCGGACCUGACACUGCUCUACCUGCACUACAACUCCUUCACCGGAAGCAUCCCUCUGGAGCUCGAAAAGGCCAAGAAGCUGCAGCUGCUGUCGCUUUUCUCCAACAACCUCACCGGCGUGAUUCCGGCGCAGAUCGGCGGCAUGGCGAGCCUGCAGAUGCUGCACUUGGGACAGAAUUGUCUCACAGGACCGAUCCCCUCUUCGGUAGGGAACCUGGCUCACCUUGUCAUACUUGUUUUGUCCUUCAACGGCCUCACAGGCACGAUCCCUGCUGAGAUUGGAUAUCUGACGGCGCUCCAAGACCUUGACCUGAACAACAACCGGCUGGAAGGUGAGCUGCCUGAAACCCUGUCGUUGCUCAAAGAUCUCUACGAUCUUUCCUUGAACAGCAACAACUUCACCGGCGGUGUCCCCAACUUCCGUAGUAGCAAGCUGACCACUGUUCAAUUGGACGGUAACAAUUUCUCGGGAGGCUUCCCCCUGUCAUUUUGCCUGUUGACAUCAUUGGAGGUCUUGGAUCUAUCGAGCAACCAACUUUCCGGUCAGCUCCCUACCUGCAUAUGGGACUUGCAAGACCUCGUGUUCAUGGAUCUGUCCAGCAAUACUCUUUCAGGGGAUGUACUGGCUUCAUCCACAAACUCCAGUUUGUCGUUGGAAUCUUUGCAUCUGUCAAAUAACAGAUUCUCAGGAGAGUUUCCACCUGUGAUCAAGAACAUGAAGAUGCUAGUUGUCCUAGACCUUGGUGACAACUACUUCUCUGGUGAAAUCCCAUCGUGGGUAGGGUCAGGGUCACCAUUUCUACGAAUCCUCCGGUUGCGGUCCAACAUGUUCAGUGGCAGUAGUAUUCCCUUGGAGCUACUACAGCUCUCCCACCUCCGAUUUCUGGACCUGGCUAGCAACAAUUUGCAGGGACCAAUACCACAUGGUCUCGCUAGCUUAACGUCCAUGGGGGUGCAGCCACAGACUGAAUUCGACAUCAGAUCGGGAGUCCAUCACCAGAUCUUAAACCUAGAAGCAGACUUCUCUUAUGCCGAUCGAGUUGACGUGAGCUGGAAGACACACACUUAUGAAUUUCAAGGAGCGAUUGCGCUGAUGACCGGUAUAGACUUGUCAGGCAAUUCUAUCGGUGGUGAAAUUCCAACCGAGAUAACAAACCUUCAAGGCCUUCGGUUUCUGAACUUAUCAAGAAAUAAUCUCUCUGGUACUAUUCCAGCUAACGUUGGAGAUUUAAAACUACUCGAGUCCCUUGACCUCUCAUGGAAUGAACUGUCUGGUCUCAUUCCUUCAGGCAUCUCAGAACUCACGUCUCUUAGUUCACUGAAUCUCUCUAACAAUAUGCUCUCAGGUGAGAUACCAACUGGUAAUCAACUCCAAACGCUAGCCGAUCCUUCAAUUUACAGCAACAACUAUGGUCUUUGUGGCUUUCCGUUGAGUAUAUCAUGUCCCAACAGUUCAGGUGUACAAGUAUUGGACAGGAGUAAUAAAGAAAUUGAAGGUGUGUAUGUCUACUACUCGAUUAUUGCCGGAGUUGUAUGUGGAGUAUGGUUGUGGUUUGGAUCAUUAGUUUCCAUUCCUCUAUGGAGAACUUCGUUUUUCUGUGUUGUUGAUAUCAUUUAUAUAAAGCUUAAGGCCCUUUGGAUCGGUUCAUUUUAAAGGAAAUCGGGCUCUACUUAAUAAAGUAGGCUAUUUGGCUUCAAAUUUGACAUUCCACUAUUUUUAAAGUUUAGAUAUAAGACUACCUUAAAUUC